CAAAAUUAAAAAUUUCCUCAAUUGUUUAGCCUGUGACUUUCUCUGUUUCACCUGCUCUUUCCCAUGAUCCUUAGCUAGUAUCUUGUUACUGCGCCUACGGUAUAGCUCAGCGGUGAAUUUCUGUGGUUACGCGACGCCAUCUUACAUGUUGUUGUAUCGAAUGCGGCUCUAUUACUUCCAUGGCGACGUUGUCGAGAUCUAAAGGGGCGCGAUCUGCGUCUCCACUUAGGAACAGCACGCCAGACAAUCUACGUCGUUCUGGAAGCUUUGGUAAAUCGAGUGGGAAAAACUUACAUUUAGCUGCUUCGUUUGAUUCCAAAUCGAGAAAACAUGCAAGAUCUUCCUCUUCCACAACGGAAAUUGGAAACAUUGAAAAUGAGUACAUUAGGAAUCUUCAACAACAGAUUUACUUCCUUGAAUUGGAAGCUAACUAUCUACGAGAACAAGCAAGGAAAGCUUCAGCCAUUCCACCUCGCGUCACUGAGGAAGCAGAUCGUAUGAUGCGAAAGCUACGAGAUCUUCAGACUCAAGUGGAUGAACGAUCCUCAGAUGUUGCCAGGAAAGAAUCUCAAAUGCACAUGUUGGAGGCAGAGAAAGAAUCUGCCAUCAAACGCCUCAGGGAUGCUGAAGAGUCUCACGCAGCAGAGAAGCGUCAGUUAGUGAAUGAGAUAGUCUCGCUGAAAAAGAUGUCUGACCUACGUGAACGUGAAAGUGCAAGACGAGAUGUGCAGGUACAUCAGUACAAGAGUGAAGCUGAUAAAGGACUGACUGCUUUACAAGAAGCAGAGAGAAAAGUGCAAAACUACAGAAUAGAGCUUGACCACAAGACUGAAGAUUUGAACAAUGUAAGAAUUGAACUAGAAGAGAAGAGAGCAGAAUGUUUAAAGCUUAAGACGCAGCUGCAAGAGAUGGACGACAAGUUUUUUGACUCUCAAGCAAAAACAAAGGAGGAGUUAGGAAGGGCACUCAGGGAAGAGAUACGCCAAUUAAGACUACAAUUAAAAGAAAAAGAAAUAAAUGCUGAACAGGACAGAAGCUUGAGAAACAAGAUCCAGGAUGAUUGCACGGCGUUAAUCAAAGAAAAUGCUGCUAUAUCUGCUCAGGUCGUAGAACUUAGAAAACAAAUAGACAUGGAUCGUGCUCAUAAGGACGAGAAAGAUUUUCGUCGACACGCAAACAUCCAAGAGCUUGUGACUCUGAAAGAAAGCGAGAAACACCUACAGCAUGAGCUUGAACGAAUCAAGGAACUGUUAAAAAUCGAACAAAAAAAUCACAGGGAGACCCUUGCCAAGUUGUCAAGAGAAGAGCAAGCUUCCCUAGAAGCGAACUUGAAGCGAACUCAACUCCGUAACGAAUUAAACGAAGUGGAGGGACACCAAGACUCAACUAACUCAGAGAACGUGGCUCUAAAGAGAGAUAAACUGCUCCUCGCUGACGAAGUAGCGAACUUAAACGCAAAGCUUGACGAACGUGACGAAGAAGUGGAGCGCCUCAAACUGCGACUUGAAGACUCCGAGUCGCGCUGCUCGCAUAUGGAAUCCAAAGUUCGAAUGCAACGAAGCUUGGAAUCCAUCAAAUGGGAAGAGUUUGAGAAGCUGGCCACAACCAUGAGAGAAUUCUCCCGCUCGAUGAGUCCAUCAAAAAGUGGUAGCUUGGUGGAUUACUAGACGUGUUUCCUUUUUUAACUUUUCAGUUCUUCUCGAAUGCAAAACUAACCUCAUUAUUUGGUCUGACAGAGAUUCCCUUGGUUAGGAGCUGUUAUAAAUUCGUCUUGGUUUUAUAUUCUGAUAAGUUCAUUCUGUAAUUCCAGAGCGCUGUGGUAUCUUUGCUUAUUUGCAACGUUACACGGCGAGUUGCAGCAACCUUUACAGUGCCAUGGACACCAAAGGCCUUAAAAGGCAUCAUAUGCCCAUCGUAAAAGGCCUUUUGCAGUUAGUGGCCUAUGUGCAAGUACAAAACUCAUGUUACUUGAGAGAAAAUGAGGAGGAAAAUUUCAGUCCGUUUGCCUUUUUGGCGUCUAAGGCGAAUUUGCUUGAGAGAGAAUUGCGCAUUAGAGUAUUCAGUUCGAUAGAAAAGGAAUUUAAAUUCGUUUGCCGUUUUGGAUACCUGGGCGCAAAUUCGCCCUCCAGGAAGGUCUUUGAUAUCUAAGAUUACUGACUGAAAUGGGCCUGUUUAAACUGUAAACAUUUUCAUAUUAGUGUAUCAGCUUUGAUCUGUUCUGGAGUUUUGUCAGUGAAUGAGCUGACAAAGACUUUGGAAGCUCCGUUUACUGACUCAACGAUCUGGUCUUCACAACGAGAAAAACGUAAGCACAAGCCAGCAUAUGAGCUGUGCGGUGGUGCUUUUCGUUAGAAUCCUUCAGAGCAAGUGACGUUUUGAUAAACACGCCUGCUCGACUCGUUUUUGAAAACCAGCCUCAUGGGUUUGACUUCCGCUAGAAUCUACUUCCGCUUUCGCGUAGGUUUGUCUUCCGAUUCUGUUUAAGCCGACAUCCGCUGGCUGUUACAAGGAAACUUCAUAAGACUAUCCUUAAUCAGGAAAUCAUUAAAGAAUUAUAUGUAGUGAUAAUUUUGCAUUUUCCCCAUUUUUUUUUUUCAAGAUUUUAACUUUUUUACCUCUCUUACAUUUUGGUGGAUAUUUCUUUUUCCUCAAUACCUGUACGUUUAACAAUGUCUUGACAAUGUAAAGAGAAAUUAAUAAGGGAUGAACAGAGUGUUUAGGUGUGAAAAUGGUUUUAAAAAAGAACUGCAUGGAACUAUGAAAAAAAUUAUUAAGAAAACCAUUUUUAAUUUAUUGUGAUAUUAAUUAUAACUUUCUGUUGUUUGAAAGAAUCAAAAGCCAAAUAAAAUCAUAUACAGGUAAAUCAUUACCAAA